UUUUAUAUUAAUAACAUGUUAAACAUAAAUAUUUAUUUUUUUGCAACUAGAAUUGAACAAAUACCAGUCCAUAUAUUUCUACAAGAACAUUACAAAUGUACAACUGUUAUCUUAAGGUCUAGAAAAAUUUUAGAACUAAUUUGUAAUGCAGCAAAAAAUAUUGUGCUCAAGAUUACAAUUAAAAAAAGUUUCAUCUUGUCUUUAUCUUGUCAAGCAGAACUAAAUUUACGUCAGCAAAGAAGCACUCAGUAAGAUUAGUUUUAUCUGGGAGUUAGAGAAUGAGGACACUAAUUUUUCUAAUCUGUAACUUUAUUGUAAGUUUUGCCAUACCACAAGUUAAAGAUAGAGGUGUAAGUAGGUUGAUUCAAAAUGACUGGGAAACUCUAGCUGAAGGGACAACUUUAAGGUACUUUAAUCCAGACAAAUAUUAUACUGGAGCAUCAGAAGAUGAUAUCUGGGAAAAAAUGGGAGAGGACAUUAUUUGUAAAGUGGAUGACAAUCUAAAUGUAAAUCUAUUGGUUCCAGGAGGCUUUAAUUCAAAUAAACCCUUUAAACUUAUGACUCAUGGAUUUUCAUCCAAGGUUACAGGAGGCAAAACUGCAUUUGUAAAUGCUUGGAUGCAGGCAUAUGCACAAGAAGUUAAUGUAAUUCUUGUCAAUUGGCCUGACCUUGCUUUUAUUGGUCAGGUAGAGGAUUGGGACAAUUUAGCAUAUGAUUCUGCAGCUCGUAAUUCUAUUGAUGUUGGUGAGUACCUAGGUCAAUGCUUGGGAGCUUUGUCCUCCCAAGGAGGUAUACCAGGAAGCAGUUUUCAUCUUGCUGGUCAUAGUUUGGGAGCACAUCUAAUUGGGAAAGCUGGGAGAACCUUUAAAGAAGUAACAGGUCAACCUUUAGCUCGCUUGACAGGUUGUGAUCCGGCAGGACCAAGAUUUAUAGAUGGUCCAUUGCUUGAUGCAAUUCCAGAAUUACACAAAAAUAGAAUCAGUCCUGAAUCUGCUGCAUUUGUUGAUAUUAUCCAUACUGAUGCUUCCUUAGAACCAGCUGGAGUUUGGAUAAUACCAAGACUUGGUGAUCUUAACCCUCUUGGUCAUAUGGAUUUCUACCCAGAUGGAGGUUCAUCUCAACCAGGAUGUGGAAUUUUCGGACCAGAUUAUCUACCAGCAGACAUCUGCAGUCAUAAGAGAUCCUAUUAUUACUUGCUUCAUUCCAUCUUGGAACCAAUGCUGUUUCCAAGCAAAGAGUGCAAAGAUGUAGAAGUUUGCCAUGAUGAAGAAGUGAUAUCUAAUGAUAUUGUUGCAUUCAUGGGAGAAAAAGCACAGGAUUAUUACACUGGAGAAAGGAAGCUAUAUUUUCUCACAAUUGAUGAUGAUCACUGGGAUUACAAUGAACACAAUUGAUUUUGAAAUUAUUCAAUAGUAAAAAUAAAUGUAAUCUUGUUAUUCA